AUGUUGGCCUCCGCUUCGCGCUCGCUGGUGAUCCUGGAGUGCGAUGGCUCCGACGGAUCGCCACACCAAGUGGAUGAGCCCACGUCUCCCAUCGUCCACUCCGAGCUCGCCUUGGACUUUGGCUUUGCCACGGGCUUGGCCUGGGACACCGUCGGCAAGCGCGUUGUUCUGGCGGUGCGUAGUUUGGAACCAACUCAAGCCGAUCGGCUUUGCCUCUGUGAAACUCUAGGAGACGAGUCCUUGGUCGAGGCGGUCUCCCUCCCAGCAGGGGCCGAAGCCACCGGCCUGAGCUUCUACGCCGAAGAGAAGCGGAAAGCCUGGGUGGCCGUGUCCUGUACUGAUGGCGCGGUGCGCCUCAUCGAUGCCAGCCCAGAGAGGACGGCCUCAGUGGUGCGGACCUCGUACAGCCACGGGGUGGCCGCAACAGCUGUCGCCAUCUCGGCGAAUGGUGGCCAAGUGGCUUCGGGCAGCUCCAGCGGGCACGUGGUAGUGCAGCCAUUCCAGGGUGCCCACGGUCCAACCCCCUUGCCCGGUCUCCUGGAGUCGGAGUCGCCUAUCGAGAGUCUUUGCUACUCACCCUUGCGUCAGGAGCUGCUGGCAGCAAGCGACAAGACCGGGAACCUUCAGAUCUGGGAUUCAGUGGCCCUGAGACACGUGAGUCGCUUUGCUGGCGCCCACCGUGGACCAGCGCGGGGACUGUCCUUCUCAACGCAGAACAGUGACUUGCUCAUCUCGGGUGGGGACGAUGCGGAAUUGACGUUCUGGGAUGCGAAGAACUCUCGACAGAUUCAGCAGGUUUCUGUCGAAGCUGGCAUCAGCUCGCUGUCCUAUCAUUCAGGUGGCUACUUGCUGGCCACUGGUACUUGUGAAGGCUCCAUCCUAAUCUUUGACUUGCGUAUGCUUGUGUCCAAAAGGCAGCCCGCAGACCCUGUCCAGCGAUACGACGGCCAUGAAGGCGGAAAUCGCCCCCUUCGGGCAGGAGCCUUAGUGGCUUUGGCCUUCACUCCGCUCGACUCCCUGGAGGCUCCGGUGAGGCCAAAGGCGAUUGCUUCAGGGAGUUCUCAAAUACCGACAGUGCUGCGAAGCUCGGCGGUUGAUGAAGUGGAGUCGCACGUGGAGGAUGGUGGUGGUCCAAGCUUCGCCUCCAUCGAUUCUCUGAUGGACAGGCUUUCGAAGCGGGUUGUCGCCAAGUCUGCGGACUUUGUGGAGAGGGGCGCUGCUGGUGAGGCUGCCAACAGCAAGAGAACAUCUGAAAGUGCCAUGGGGGGUGUCAGUGUGCAAGCAGCCGGCACUGUUCCCCCACUGCCACAGGGCAGUGUGGGCAGUGUGGGCUCUGCGAGGCCGACCGGGCCUACUGUGUCAAGAGAGGAGGCGCCGCUUGACAGCCGAAGAAGCUCCCAGCAGGUGUCCCGGUACAGCAUUGGUAGUCCUGGAGAAGAUCCAGUGGCUCCAAGCCCCUGGUGGAAGGGCGCAGAGGAGGCAAAGACCACUCCCCCGCGCAGCGUUCCCCACGCGGCGCCAGCCGCAUCAUCAUCACCAUCACCAGCAGCGCUGGCAGAGGCUUUACAGCCUUUACUUGCAGAGCUCAAGAAGGACUUUCGUCAGGAGCUCCAGGAGGCACAGUGCGCCGUCAUGGAGCAAAACUUCCGCCUUCACGCAGAGCUCCGGAAGGAUGUGGAUGCACUUCGCGCUGAAGUGCGGCAGCUGAGGGGAGAGAUGCUUGCGUGA